AUGGUACAAAAACGUCUUAAAGAUUUCGACAAUAGUCUUGACAAAUAUACAGCGUUCCUUACGAAUGAAAUUCAAAAUGGUACAUAUGUUUCCGAAAAAGAUGAAUGGGUAGCAUGUGACACUCCAUCACGUCGUCGUCGUCGUCUUACUUCGGCAAUAUUAAAACGUGCUAAUGCUACCACACAAUGUUCUUUAAGUUGGGCUACUGAUACUAAUGAAAUCAAUUGUCCUUUUGUUUGGGAAUCUAUUGAUAAAAAUCCUAAUUUAGAUUUAGGACAAGGUUAUUAUAAAGCUGCUAUACCUUUUGUUGAUAAACAAAUCGCCAAAGGUGGUUACAGAUUAGGCACCUUUUUGAAUUCCAUUUUAACUAAAAAAUGUUGA